AUCCGUUAAUAUUGAUGAGGUUUAAUAGGAACAAGCAAUUGGAGUUACGUUAAGCGCGGUGGAUUUAGUCCAAGAGCGGAUAAGGAGAAUGAAGAAGCACACUCAGACUCUCCCUCUGGAGUUGAUCAGAGAAGUUCUUCUGAGAUUGCCGGUGAGAUCCGUUCUGCGUUUCAGGUGUGUUUGUAAGUCAUGGCUUUCUCUGAUCUCCGAUCCCCAAUUUCGCAUUUCCCACUAUGACCUAGCUGCAGCACCCACCCAUCGACUUCUUCUCAGAUCUAAUAAUUUUUACAUCGAAUCCGUUGAUAUAGAGGCAGAGCUUGAGAAAGACUCAAGUGCAGUGCAUUUGAUUCUCCCCCCUUCAUCACCCCCACGCCAUCGCUUCGAAUAUGACUAUUAUGCUGACUCUCACGAUAAGCCUGAUAUUUUGGGAUCAUGCAGAGGCCUCAUACUUUUAUACUACCCGAGAAACAGUGAUCACAUUAUAUGGAAUCCGUCAUUAGGUGUCCAAAAACGAUUACCAUACUUAGCAUAUGAUGUAACCUUUUGUCCUCUAUAUGGCUUUGGGUAUGACCCUUCAACUGAUGACUACUUGCUAAUCGUGAUUGGAUUGCACGACUCUGAACAUUAUAAGUAUGACACUGAUGGGUCUGAAGAUGAUGAGUGCAAAGGAAAAUGCCAGAUUUUCUCCUUUAAAACCGAUUCAUGGUACAUUGUGGAUAUUUUCGUUCCCUAUAAGGAUCUCGGCGGUAAAUUCAGAGCUGGGUCGCUCUUUGGUGACAUACUUCAUUGGUUGGUUUUCUCCAAGGAUAAAAAGGUUCCUGUCAUUCUUGCCUUUGAUCUGGUGCAAAGGAGUUUUUCGGAGAUUCCUCUCUUUGAUAAUUUCGCUAUGGAGAAAUAUGAAGUUGAUAGCUUGAGAAGGGUAAUGGGAGGAUGUCUCAGUGUGUCUUGCUCGGUCCAUGACGGUGCAACGGAUGAAAUAUGGGUGAUGAAAGAAUAUAAAGUGCAGUCAUCUUGGACCCGGUCCGUUGUUAUCCCUAGUAGUGGCUUUUCCCCCAUAUGCAUCAACAAAGAUGGUGGAAUUCUUGGAUCAAAUAUUUGUGGAAGACUAGAGAAACUUAAUGACAAAGGAGAACUGCUUGAGCAUCUCAUUUAUGGUGGAGAACAAUGUUUGUGCUCUGCCAGACUACAGUCUGCUGUGUAUAGAGAAAGUCUAUUGUCGCUCCACAGUGUCAUUGGGGUAACAAGGAUUGGGGUAACAAGGAAAGACGACCAUGGGGAAACAACUGAACAUGACCAACAGUAACAAACAAGAAAAAUCAGGGCCACAAAAUAUGCAAGAAUCUAUAUAGUAUCUUGAUGUCACUUUCCUAUCAAUGGUGAGACUGCUAGUAGAAAGCAUAGCACUUGGAAGAGAAUCACUUAUAUUAUAUAUGAUAAUAAUCUAGUGUUAGUGUAGAACUAGUGUCAGUUUCAUUGUUUAUUUCAGUAAAGUUGGAGUAUCAACAAACUUUAUAAUUGAACUUCGUUUCAGAGUAGGAGUUGGCAAAUCCUUGUUGGCGUUAUACAUGCAAUUUGGUGCCUUUAUCUUUUUUCCUCUUAAUAUUAUUAUGUUUGCAAUUUAUUUGUUUCUUUUAUGCUCUUUUACAUAGGUUUUUUUAUUCUAAACCUACUUAUAUAAUUUUUUUUUACAGUAUUUAGUUGCCUUUUUUCAGUAAAAACACUGUUUUUCACAAGUUAAUGUGCUGUUGAUACUUCUAACAUGAAUUUGUGGAAUUGUCGGUGUUCUUAAUCACCUGGGAGCUAAUACAAGGAGUUAAGGUGAAAGGGUUCAUAACUAAUCAAGUUGUGAUAUAUACUGAUCUGGUGUGCACAGUUGACCUGUCCGCGUCUUGAUUCAGUGUUGAAAAGGGUUCUGUCAUACCUUAAUGGUAUCCCUAAAGGUACUUUGAUUGCCUAUAAAAUAGAGCUUAUGCAGAAUUUGCUUAUAUUUCUAUUCAUUUUUUUCCCUGCCACAAUUAUGUUUAGCUGCAUGAUCAAUAUGUGGGGGAUAGAAUGCGAUUGAUCCAUAAUUUAUAGUCAUAUGGUUACAAUUAGCAAACUUGUUUUCUAAUAUUUGGUCUCCUUGAUAUAAGUGAAACAUAAAUAUCAAGAACACUUUGUCCCAUCGAAGUCUCACCGCAUCUUCCAUACAUUGUUAUGAGGGUCACCCCUUCUUAGGAUAUAGCCAUGAAGCAAAGUUCCUUGUUCUAUUGCAGCAAGACUUGUACAAGCUUGAAGUGUGCUACCAUUGUAACUGAAUCACAGUCCUCAAGCAUCAUUAGCUGAAACAGUUCCAGUGCUUUCAUAGGCAUCCACAUUUCAUUCUUUGCAUAGCAUGCAAUGGUAGUGCUCCAAGAGACAAAGUUCUUAGCAAGCAUUGCACAAAACACAUAUGAUAGACUGCUUCAUAGCAUAUACAUCCAGCAGAGUUGUCAUAACACGAUUAUUUGCAUCAUAGCCAUGUUGCAGAAUAUUUAGUAUGAAUCUCCUUACGCUUCUGGGGAGGGCAGACUGUCAGCUCUGAAACAACUCAAGCCUUAUACUUUAUGUGAACCUAUCUGAUGGGAUCCCAAUCCAAUUCCAGACAUAUAUGGGGUUCUUUCCCAAGUUUCAUCAUAACUUGCAAGCAUGAUGAAUAGACCCAAUCUCAUAAUAUGUUAACUGUUUAGUACUUUAGAUACUGAACAGUGUACUUCAGUCCAGUCCUUUUUUCUAAUGCAAACGUCUAGUACUUUUUGAGCUCCGAAACAAUGUUCUGUUGUUCUGUCUGUUAAAAUGUAGCAGUACGUGUUUGUCAA